AUGUGUGACUCAAUGUUUCGAGCCCUCCGCCACCAUGUCCCAAUUCGGCGGCCCUCUUUCGCGUCUUCAGCAUUAGCAGCUGCUGCCCAAGUGCAUCCACGUGCCGACAUAGACCCAGCGCUCCGCAACUUGUUGCGCGACGUUGAUAUCUCAUUAGGAAGCAAGAAGCGGACCUCCCGUGGCCCGCAACCUUUGCUGAAAAAAGAACUGGUUGAAGUCCCUGGUCAAAUCUCUGACGUUUUGGAGUCCGCCAUCGUCGACUCAAAUGAAAUAGAGUCUUUCGAGGACGAGCCUACAAUGGGCCGAAAAUCCCCGGCGGCAGAGUUUGGAGAGUAUGGGUUGGGAGCUGCCGUCUUGCCAUUCGAACUUCAAAAAUCAAUUGAUUUAAUCAUCUCUGAGAGUGACAAGAAACAACUACACAAUGACGCAGAACGGCUAUUCCACGACACUAACAGCGAAUUCGCACAAGGGGGCUGGGAAGCAGCGUAUGACAUCCAGUACAGAACAAAAAAUCAAGUUCAUGAACAUGCUGAACGAGAUGGAUCGGCAUUUGCUUCAGUCGCACUUCCUGCUCAUUUCUCCGUUAUCACCGCAGUGUUGGCCCAUCUAAAGCGCCGGCUUGAACCAGAAUGGCGCGUUGAACGUAUCAUCGACUGGGGAGCCGCUACUGGAAGUGGUUUAUGGAGCAGUGCCUAUGCCUUCCAGGAACCUCACACACCAAGCUCCCAACGAGAUGUAGUCAAUCGCACGAUCUCUAAUACCACCUUACGACAGUACAUUGGCAUUGACAAGAGGGAAGGACUAGUCACCGUGGGCAAACGUUUGUUGCGAGAUGUUGAUACUGGGCCACUACGAGUAUCUUGGCGCAAGGCUCUUCGCGACGACGACAUAGUUCCCCGGUCAGAAGGGCACUACACGGUCGCUUUGUCGGCUUUCAUGCUAACAUCGCUUCCCACAAAUGUUGCCAGAAAGGCACUGAUCAAAGAAAUGUGGUCAAGUGGAGCGCACGUCCUGGUUAUUAUAGAUCACAAUACCAAGGAGGGUUUUGAAGCCAUCGCUCAAGCUAGGGAUUAUGUCCUGACCUCUGGCGACAAGGAAUUCAAUGAUCCCGAAAUGGAUGGCUGGGAUAUUCGUGGCUCACAUGUCGUUGCUCCGUGUCCUCAUGAUCGCCCCUGUCCAUUAUACUACCCUGGCGACAUUAAACUCGUCUGCGGGUUCUCUCAGCGCUUACAACGGCCCUCCUUUGUACGCCGCACGAAGCAUUCUGGCAAAGGUCAUGAAGACAUGGGGUAUUCAUAUGUCGUUCUGCGGCGCGGUCACCGACCUGCCAACCCUGACACACAUUUCGGACGUGUGGGGCGGGUCGGGCAAUCGGCGCUCGGCCGAGAGCAACCUCCAAUCAAGGAGCUCUUCCUUCAUGACGAGACGGAGCCUGUACCGCUCGAGGAGGAAAAACAAGAUUCGAUGAGCCUUGAGAUUGCAGAUGGGCAACCAUCAACUCCAGCAGCGAUGGAUGCUGCGUUGCGGCUAGAAGCUUAUCAUUGGCCACGACUCAUAUUCCCUCCCCUCAAGAAAAGUGGCCAUCACAUCCUCGACGCGUGUGCGCCUCACGGCAAAGUCAUACGGAUGACGAUCCCCAAGUCUCAAGGCAAACAGCCGUUCUACGACGCGCGCAAAUCUGAAUGGGGGGACCUCUUCCCUCACCCGCCCAAGAAUCCUGCACAGGAGCGAUACCAACCACUGCGUGUUAACGGAAAGGCCAGGCCCAUUCGCCACCCAGAUAUCGGCAAAAGAGGCGGCAAGCCAGCCCAAAAGGGCGUUAGUUAUGGCGCGUUGGCAGAAGACUUGAAAGCUGCCCGCAAACAGAGUAAAAGGGACCGACUUGCUCGUAAGCAGCAAUGGGAGCAAGAGUAA